AGUGUUGUAUUACUUUCUAACCAUGUCCGAGGCAGACCUACCUGUGUACGAGUCGGAUGUCCACGAAGAGAAGCCAGUAAAAUGGACUACUCGGUGUGCGACUAACUUUAAGAAGUCCAUGGUUGGCCAAGCCUGGGAGAAGUUUUCGUACUGGCAGGAGCAUGAAUGGAAGGGCAUCAAUAUCCCUAUUUUCAUUCUGCUUGCUAUUAUAGCCCUCGCAUUAUGGUGGGUUCAUCCUUCUGAUUUGGAGCCCCAUACCUGGCAAGUGUUCGUUGCCUUCCUGGUCAUCAUUCUGGGUGCUGUCUUGGAACCCUUGCCGAUGUCGGCCAGUUGUAUUGUAGGUUUGGGCUUCUGUACUGUUACUAGUAUUCUAUCAACUGACGAGGUUCUGUCUGGCUUCGGUAACGAUACGGUGUGGCUGGUCGUUAUGGCAUUCUUCAUUGCCAGUGGUUUUGUCACGAGUGGUUUGGGUAAGAGGAUUUGCUUCAUCAUUUUGAAGUAUCUCGGAUCGACCACUCUCGGUCUCGCUUAUGGUUUCUGCUUGUGCGAGUUCGUAUUGGCCAUUGCCAUCCCCUCCUCAACUGCUCGUGCUGCUGGUAUCCUGUUGCCUAUUAUUACUCCUUUGUUGAAGGAAGGUUUCGAUUCAGAUCCUGCUAAGGGUACCGAGAAAAAGAUCGGUACUUACCUUGUUAUGAACGAAAUCGUUGCCAAUACCAGUUCCUCUGUUUGUUGGCUUACUGGUGGUGCUUGGAACGCUAUGAUGGCCAAGUUCUGUGCCGAUGUUGGUGUGAACAUUGGUUGGGGUGGUUGGGCUUAUAGCAUGGCCCCUCUCGGUAUCAUCACUCUUAUCUAUGCUCCUUUGGUCGUAUUCUUAGUGAUGCCUCCUCAAAUUAAGAGGACUCCUGAGGCCAGGAGCAUCGCCAAUGGAAAGCUCGCUGAAAUGGGCUCUAUGUCGAAGCAAGAGAUCGCAAUGCUUUGUGUGUUCAUUGGCAUCAUUAUCUUGUGGAUUGUUGCUUCCAUGAUUGAUUAUGUUCCUUACAGUACCACUGGUGUUGCUAUCUUGGGUGUGUCCAUGUUGCUUCUACUCGGCAUUAUUGACGUUAAGAAGGAUAUUGCUGAGAAUAACUCUGCCUGGGAUCUGUUUUUGUGGUUCGGUGUUCUUCUUAUGAUUGCUACCGAGCUGAAGGAUACUGGUUUCUUCCAGUGGCUUGCUAUCAAGAUUGAUCUAUCGUCUCUUCCUCCCUACGCGGCUGUGUGGAUUUGUACAUUCAUUUUCUAUGUAUCUCAAUACCUCUUCGCGUCAAUUACUGCACAUGUUUCUGCUAUGUUCUCUCUGUUCCUCGAGAUAAUGCAGCAUGCCGGUGUUCCUAUGGAGCUCGGCUGCCGUGCUUUAGCAUACACGACUCUAUCCGGGCAUUUGACCCAUUAUACGUCUUCCUCUAACCCUCCCUAUUACAUCAUGGGAUACGUGAAACUGUCCUCAUGGUUGUUCCAAGGUGUCGUUGUGAUGAUCGUUAACGUCAUUUACAUCAACACCAUUGGCUGGGGUUACUGGUGGAUCUUGGGCUUAUGGUAAACUGGUUAGUACCGAAUACCGUAAGACUGAAUGCCCGUACCAUUACUAUAUAGUUGGGAUUUGACAAUUUACUGUCCUUUCUCAUGUUUACUGCGUCUCGCUCUAUUCUUUAAGCUCUGUUUUCUACUAUUCGUCCUACUGAGUAUGAUACCCCUGGACAACAUCACCAACAGCUGUUGUGAUUGAUGCAGAUCCAGUUGUAUAUUAUACAUUCUCUAAGGUUGCUGGUUAUCUAGCAUUGCAAAGUCAUCGUAGAGAUGUGCUUCCGCAGGAAUGAUUCUUCCUGUCGUUUGUGGGUCAGCUACGAUUGUUUCGAUAAAAGGUUCUUUGUCGUUCCUUUCACCCCUACCUACUGUCGUACUAGUGGAAGGUUUGCAAAGGAUUACUCAGUGGUACUGUCCAGGUUAGUACCGUGACAGUCCACUUUAUUAGAAGUGAGUCUUACACUUCAUU